AUGGUUGUGUCCCAGGAGGAGUUUAAGAGAAUCUCCAUGUGUGAGAAUUGCAAAGAAGCUUGGGACAUUCUUGAGGUUACCCAUGAAGGUACCAAGGCUGUAAAGAAUUCUAAGUUUCAAAUGCUGACCACUAGUUUUGAAGAACUUAGAAUGAAGGAUGAUGAAACAUUUGAUGCUUUUUAUGCCAAAUUAAAUGAUGUUGUCAAUUCUCAUUUUAACUUAGGGGACAGAAUUCCUGAGAACAGAAUUGUGAGAAAAGUUCUCAGAUCUCUUCCUGAGAGGUUUCGCCCUAAAGUUACUGCUAUUGAAGAAAGUAAAGAUUUAGACAGUAUGAGAAUUGAAGAGUUGGUGGGCUCUCUACAAACAUAUGAACAUACUCUUCCUGUGGAUAAGAAACACAAGUCCAUAGCCCUCAAUACCAUUAGAGAGGAGUCAAAUGAGUCAUCCGAUGAGUCGGCUAUGAGUGAUAGAGAAAUAGCAUUUUAUGCUAAGAAGUUCAGGAAAAUGUUUGUGGCUAGAAACAACAAGAACCAGAGGCCAGAGAAGAAAAAGUUUGAAAGAUACAAUAGAGGAUCAAGUUCAGGGAACAAGGAGAGAAGCACUAAUAAAUACACUAGAGCAAAUAAAGACAAGGCAAAAGAAAGAGUUAAGAUUGCAUCUCUAAGUGAGAGUGAGUCAGAGUCAAGUGCAUCAGAUAACUCUUCUCCAAAAAGAAAUCUUAACUACAUGUCAUUCACUGCCUCUGUUAACAGCAAAAGUCAAUGUAGUGAACCAGUGUCUGAUGAUGGGAGCAUAUCUGGAAAUGAAUCUGGGUAUGAAGAUCAGUUGCAAGAAGUCUACGAGAAGCUGUACAAGGAAUGUGUUAAAUUGAGAAAAUGCAACAAAGCGCACAUUGAGGAGAUAGACUUCAGCAAACGAGAAAAUGAAGGGCUUCAAGUCAAAUUAACUGAGGCCAUUGGUCUAGUUGAUCAGUUGAAGACGAGGAAUGUUUCUUUGGAAGAGGAUUUAAAAAAACAAGAAAGUGAGAUGAUUUUGCUGAAGGAUAAACUAAAAUCUUUGUCUACUGGAAAAGAAAAAUUGGAUGAAAUCCUAAGGUCAGGAAAGCCUUCCGGUGACAAUAGUGGCUUAGGAUAUGAUGCAGAGAAAUCUGAUGGAGCUACUACCUCAAAAAUCUUUUAUAAAAAUGGGAGGAAAACUGUGUUUGUUCCUGAAUCAACCGCAAAUGGGAAUGCUAACCCAUCUGACAAGGGUAAGAAAUCCUCACAUUUAAGAAUGGAUGUUCAGUCUCAUGAAAAGUCAAGAGUUCGAAAUACAAGCCCUAUCUGUCAUCACUGUGGCAAGACUGGUCAUGUUGCAGCAGACUGUUUUAAGUUGAAGAGAUACACCACGUAUGAGCAUACGCGCUCUCAAAGUAGAAGUGUGUACUCUCCAAAAAUGGGUAAAAAUCCCAUAACUGCCCCUAAGUAUGCCUCAUCUUUCAGGGGACAAAGAGAUCGCAAAGAGAACUACGUGUGCCAUAAUUGUGGUAAGGCUAGUCACAUUCGACCAAACUGCUAUGAGCUUAGGAGGAAUCCCAUGAGAAAUGGAAAUAGUGAAUCGAAAAGAGGACAUUUGAAUCUUUGGAGUCAAGUCAGGGCCUUAACUAGACAAAAUGAGAUGCUCAAUGUCAAGAUAGACCAACUGUCAACUAGCAAAAAGGGCAGCUCUCCAAAAGUUAGAAACAUGUGGGUCAGAACGAGAGAAAGACACACGUGCCAUGUGGCACACAUUGCUCUAAAGACAAGAGACACUUAUAUAUGGUACCUUGAUAGUGGAUGUUCUCGCCACAUGUCAGGUGAUAAAAGCCUAUUUAAAACGGUUGAAGAGUACAAGUGUGGAACAGUAACAUUUGGAGAUGGUGGAAAAGCUGACAUAUUAGGAAGGGGUGAGAUUGAAAUACCUGGACUGCCCGUCUUGAGAGAAGUCCUGUUUGUUGAUGGAUUAAAAGCAAAUCUCCUCAGUAUAAGCCAAAUGUGUGACAAUGGUUCAGAAGUCCAUUUUUCAAGAGAUAUGUGCAUUGUUUCAGAUAAUAAUGGAAAUUGCAUGAUGCAGGGAACAAGGACCUCCGAUAAUUGUUAUGGCAUCGCCCUUAGACCUUAG